AUCAUUGACUUGUCAUUUUCCUUAUUAGAAAUUAGUUGUCAGAUCGUUAGAAAGCCAACUACGCAUAGUUUGCAAGGGGCCUAAUUUACUGUUAUCAAUUUGUGGCAUUGUUAACCCGUUAGAUCAGAAAUAUGGAUGAAGAAUACGACGCCAUUGUUCUUGGUACCGGUUUAAAAGAAUGCAUUAUCAGUGGUAUGCUCUCAGUAUCUGGGAAAAAAGUAUUACAUGUCGAUCGCAACAAAUACUACGGAGGCGAAUCCGCCUCCAUUUGCCCUCUUGAGGAACUGUUUUCCAAAUUUGGGGCUCCUGCUCCAGAUGAAUCUUAUGGACGUGGUCGAGAUUGGAACGUCGACCUCAUUCCCAAAUUUUUAAUGGCAAAUGGAUCAUUGGUCAAAUUGCUAAUCCAUACAGGAGUUACCAGGUAUCUGGAAUUCAAGUCUGUUGAAGGUAGCUAUGUCUACAAGGGAGGCAAAAUUGCUAAGGUUCCUGUUGAUCAAAAAGAAGCCCUUGCUUCAGACCUGAUGGGGAUGUUUGAAAAAAGACGGUUCCGCAACUUCCUGAUUUACGUUCAGGACUUCCAAAAUGAUGAUCCAAAGACUUGGAAAGAUUUUGAUCCUAAUACUCAAAAUAUGCUUGCUCUAUAUGAUAAAUUCGGACUGGACAAGAACACCCAAGACUUCACAGGUCAUGCAUUAGCUUUAUAUAGGAACGAUGACUAUCUCAAUGAGCCAGCUUUACAAACCAUCAAUCGUAUCAAACUCUAUUCAGAUUCAUUGGCCAGAUAUGGAAAAUCUCCUUAUUUGUAUCCAAUGUAUGGCUUGGGUGAAUUGCCACAAGGUUUUGCCAGGUUGUCUGCUAUUUAUGGAGGCACCUACAUGCUAGACAAGGCAAUAGAUGAGAUAGUCAUUGGUGAAGGAGGUAGAGUAGUAGGAGUGAAGUCUGGCAACGAAAUAGCAAAAUGCAAGCAAGUCUACUGUGAUCCCACUUACGUUCCAGACAGGGUUAGGAAGAAGGGUCAAGUAGUAAGAUGUAUUUGCCUCCUGGAUCAUCCUAUACCAAACACUAAAGAUGCUCUAUCUACCCAAAUCAUCAUUCCCCAAAAACAGGUGGGUCGGAACUCUGACAUAUAUGUAUCACUAGUGUCAUACACACAUCAGGUAGCUGCCAAAGGUUGGUUCAUCGCAAUGGUAUCAACAACUGUAGAAACUGAAAACCCUGAGCAGGAAAUAAAACCAGGCUUAGAUUUGCUAGGAGCCGUACAUCAGAAGUUCGUUUCUAUUUCAGAUUAUUAUGAACCAACAGACGAUGGUCUACAAUCUCAAAUAUUCAUAUCGCAAUCAUAUGAUGCUACUAGUCACUUUGAAAGCACUUGUAUGGAUGUGCUUGACAUUUUUAAGAGAGGUACCGGCGAAGAAUUUGAUUUCUCAAAGAUCAAACGAGAUCUUGAAGACGAAGAACAAUAAGUUGGAAUUGUUCUUUGAAAUUCCAGCUAUAUAUUAUAUAUUGAAAAUUCUUAUGUAGCAUUAUUAUAUGUGCAAAAUUUUCUACUUUAAUUUGCGCCUAGUGAUUUUGGUGCAUACUGCCACCUACAGAAUGUAAUGUUAUACUCAAAGUAUUUGAAUGAACCAAAAAACUCGAAAAUUGCGGUCGCACAUAAUUGUUUUAAAAUUUUUGGUUAGCACUUUUCGAUAAUUGAUUCCAUUGUUUUAUAUUACAGUCAUUGAUGCUCCAUCAAUUAUCAAUUGGUAGAUUCAUCAAUUGAUUUAGGCAUAAUUUAAAACAUGCAUUCCCAAUAUUUAUAAAGAUUGUGCAUUGAACAUUUCAUGAGAGAGCAUACCAUCCUUUUUCAACUGCAAUUAGCAUGAAAUUUUAUUGUACAGGGCUUUAAUUUAACUUUUCCAAAGUGUAUUUCUAGCUUUAUGUUUAGGUGCAUGUUUCUUAUUGUGAAUGUACUUUAGCAAGUAAGUUUCUUAUUUGUUCAAUUGCUUGAAGCGCAAUAACUUGGUAUGUACUUUGGUACCCUAAAUACAAAAAAUCUCAUUCAGAAUUAUAUUUGAUGCUAAAGUAGAUUUCAUUAUUAGUGAAAUUAUUGGUGAUAAGGCACAUUGAAAAUGUAAGAUGGUUCCAAUAAAUCAUUUAAAAAGUAA